AUGACGGGAACCGCACAAGCCGGUACGGAUCGAGCCGCGGGCAGCAUCAGGAGUUUGUUCGAUGACGAGGACUCGCAAUGGAUUUUGCGAUUCGACUCGAUGUUGAAGUACGCCCAAACGUCGAACAACGCUCCGCCGACGCCGGAAGACAAGACUCCUGGCGUCGAAAUGUCGGGGAGCGUGCCCUCCAGUCCCGCACAAAGUCGAAGAACGCGUGAGAAGAAGUAUUCUCUGCCUAACCCAACACUCUCCACGGCGUCACCUCCUACCCCUCGAGGCAUUCCUGUGUCUCUGGAUCGACAGUGGAGAGGAAACCGAGCCACGUCAGCGCCUCCCGUCAAGCGACACGGUAUCCCAGUAGCCAAGCCCGUGAACUCUUUGAGCAACCGCACACCGAGCUACGCAAACGGGGCAGGCGGAGGACCAAUGGUUGCUGGAAGCGUCGACGAACAGGUGUUCCUCCAGGCUUUCGAGGAGAACACCCCUCUCUUGCAGCUGCAAUCGUCCCGAGAUCUCGACAUGUACAUGACACAGGUGCGCACGGCGCUCGGCAACCCAGACAUAGAUUGGGAGAAACGUAUGGCCAUACUGAAAACCCUCCGAGGCGUCGUACGAUCGGGCGGAGCGAUGUAUGAGGAAUUUUUCGCGGCACUCCGUCUUCUGGAAAUCCCGUUCCAGACAUCGGUUCGCGACCUCCGAUCCCAAAUUGUCCGGGAAGCGUGCAUCACGAUGGCAUACCUCUGCCGUGAACUGGGACGUCGCGUGGAUCACUUUUGCGAAAUUCUACUGCCGUCAUUGAUCCAGCUGAUCGGCUCCGCAGCAAAAAUCAUGUCUUCGUCAGGGAUCACGUGCAUACAUUUCAUGUUACAACAUACUCACUCGCCAAAGUUGAUACCGCUGAUCACCAGAAAUCUCACCUCAAAGAGCCGCGAAAUUCGCCGGUAUUGUUGUGAAUUUUUGCAUCAAGUUCUGCUGAUAUGGCCCGCCAGUUCGCUCGAGAAACACAUUAUAACAAUUCAGGACGCCAUCAAGAAAGGCAUUUCGGACGCCGACUCGGAAGCGCGAAGUCAGGCCCGAAAAGCAUUCUGGGGUUUCGCUGAUCAUUUCCCGAAAGAAGCUGACAGACUUCUAUUGUCGCUAGACGUUGCCAAACAGCGCCUUCUUCACAACGGAACAAACGGUGAGAAUCUAUCAGUGUCGAGGAGGCAUACCGACCUCCUUUCGAAUUCCCGCAGCUCAAGCAGACAACGCCUCGAUUCCAUUCCAUUGAGCUCGCAGACAACACCGACUAGAGGAAGGCAGAGCAGGAUUUCACAGUCCCAGCCCAACAGUCGCUCGGCGUCCCCAUCGUCGCGGCUGAGCUACGCCACGUACAACAUGCUACCGGAUGGCAGGGUUCGGAAAUCAGGGAUUCCUACACCGACUACCGGAAGGUCCCGGGAGCCCUCACCGACGAGGUCAAUGUCAGGGUCAUCAGUGAAUAUUAUGCAGAAGUCAGUAGAUCGUCGCAAUUCGCUCACACGCCCUCCUUCCCGGAAUCGCUACGAUUCACUGGAUCGAGUGCUUCGUAACGGACGAGACGGCGAAGAACGAAUUCGUAACGCAUUUUCGACGUCAACUCAGCCAUACGCAUCUCCGCUAACGUCUCGAGUUGCCUUCUCGGCCUCGCAGCAGCUGCCCUCAUCGGCAGCGCAGCUGCAGGGCCAGGCCGGCGUAGCUGUAGCAAGCUGUUCCCAGCUGCAUUCGCAAGGAGACAGCGAGGGCUCCUCCUCCAUUUGUUCGGACAUUUCGCGCCAUGAAGACAUGGCCGACAUUCUCCUCAGCUUGGCGAGUGUCCAUUGGUCCGACCGAAAGGAGGGUCUUCUUGGCCUCAAAAAUGUGCUAAGGUCGCAUUCUAGAAGACUCUCGGAACUCGAACUAUGUUCCGUGACCCAGACGAUGAGCAAAAUGUUCAUGGAUCCGCACACGAAGGUGUUCUCGCUAUUCCUGGACACGCUGUGCGAGCUCGUGAGCAGCCACUCGGUGGAGCUUCACACCUUAGGCUUCCUUCCCAUCCUCCUGACGAAACUGUUCACGAAAUUGGGCCAGGAUCUCCUGAGUUCGGUGAACACUAAAAUACAAUCAACUCUCGGUCUUGUCAGGGACGCCUUCCCUCGUCAUGAUCAGUUCAUAGUAAUCACGCGGUUCCUCAACGAUCCGGUGCACCAAUCAACCUCUGUCAAGGUGAAGCUUACGGUUCUCCGCUACCUGUUGGUUUUAACCCGUUUGAUGGACUCUUCCGAAGUUCCCUCAAACGACCCAAACAUGCGGGACUGUCUCCACCGAUUUGUCGCAUGGGCGUCUGAUUCGAGGCCGACGGAACUGGCCCAGUUGGCUCGAGCUUGCAUUGGAUCUCUGUACAGAUGCAAAGCAUCGUAUUUUUCUCUCGUCAUCCAUCAGAUGGCUCCUGAAUAUCAAAGAAUCGCGCUUGACAUCAUCCAGAGCGAACUCCUCCUCCAGCAUCAGCAACAACUCAAGUUCGAUCAUCCACAACCUCAGAAAAUCAUUCUCUCGAACGGCGGUGGCAGUUCUGGCGUCAGCCGGUCGGGUAGCGACAGUCUGCCGUCUCCGAUGACUCCGCAGAAACUGUCGUCUUCGCCGAUGAGAUCUCUGGAUUAUUUCGACCUGACCGAUAACCCUGCGAGCUUGGCCAGCGAAGCCUCCCCAGGGACUCAGGGAUUCAGUUCGGGGUCGGACGAGAGGCUCCAAGACAGCCCCAGUCGAUCAUUCCAUCCAUCUCAGAAAACCCAGAAUAGUACCUCUGGUGAAGGCCUCUCUCAUUGCGUGUCGGUGCUGAGUUCGCCCCUGAAUUCUUGUGAGCUGAAACGCGCAGCACUCCGUGAACUGACUGAACUCCUAAAAUGUUCAAACCUCUGGAAUUCCGAAUACAACUUCAGAUCCACGCUGAAGAUUCUUUUGGACAACACCGGUGCCGCCGAGGAGGAGGCUCCGAUCCGGGCCGAGUCCCUCAAGGUCUUGGCACUGCUAGUCGAGCAGCACCCCGAACAUUUCGAGACGUACGCAGAUUUGACUUUCGUCAAACUCCUCCAGACGCAGAUGGACAAGGACGUCCAGAAAGAAUCGGAUAACGCUAUGCUGUCCGUUCUGAAAUCGGCUAGAGUUCACAAAUCGGCCGGCAUCCUCGCCCGAUUCGUAGCGGGCUGCCAAGACUGCAACAUGAUAGCUGCCGCCAUCAAAAUGAUGUCAAAACUGGUCGAGCUGUCGUCGAGCGAAGAUUUGGUCAACGCUCUUCCAACAAUCACACCGGCACUACUUUCCGCGUACAAUCACGACGAGUCUGCCGUGCGACGCGCGGCAGUAUUCUGUCUUGUCUCACUCCAUCAGAAGGUCGGCGCAGCCAUCAUGGAGCCAUACUUGGCAGCGGUGCAGGGGUGCAAGUUGCGUCUUCUGAAGUUGUACAUCGAGCGAGCGGCUCAACAGAAAACUCUUCCGCACUCCAAUGGAAUCAAUCUAGGACCUCCAGGCGGUGUUUCGUCCGCUUGA